GAACACAGAAGGCACACCAACAACACUAAUAAAGAGAGCAUCAACUAGCAAAGCAAAACAGCUAGAAAAAGAAAAGUAGCAUAGUUGUUGAAGAACUGAAGCAACUCCAUAGUAUUCAUUUGAAGAAAGUUGAAAACCCUCUCCUCUCUACAGAAGCUUUACCUUUAUCACUUUUCCUCCCUUCAACAUGCUUUUCCUUGCCUUUUAAGCCCCCACCGAGUAGUACCUUCCUUUCACCUAUACCAUGGAGUUUGACCUUGAAAACCCUUUAGAAAAUCUUCACUCUGAUGAUGUCUCUUACCUCUUCCUCAUUGAAUCUGACCACACCCCAUCACAGAAUCACUCUCAGACUCUCAAAGCUAGAGAUCUUGACAUCUCUGUCAGAAGAGAACUCAUUUCCUUAAUCUCACAGUUGUCCUGUGCUUUGGAUCCGGUUUUGUCUUACCUUGCUAUCAACUAUCUGGACCGGUUCCUGACCAACCAAGGGAUUCUGCAACCAAAGCCAUGGGCCCUGAGGCUCGUUGCUGUCUCUUGCAUUUCUCUAACUGUCAAGAUGAUGGGAACUGAAUACCCUGCCACUGAUAUCCAGGCCCUUUUGAAUCAAAGUGAUGGUGGCAUCAUCUUUGAGACACAAACAAUACAAAGAAUGGAAGCACUCAUCUUGGGAGCAUUACAAUGGAGAAUGAGAUCGAUCACCCCAUUCUCUUUCGUAGCUUUCUUUAUUGCCUUGAUGGGGCUCAAAGAGUCGCCAAUGGGGCAGGUUCUGAAAAACCGUGCCUCUGAAAUCAUAUUCAAGUCACAAAGAGAGAUAAGGCUUUGGGGAUUCAAGCCAUCUAUAAUUGCUGCAUCUGCUCUUCUUUGUGCUUCUCAUGAGUUGUUUCCUUUUCAAUAUCCGUUCUUCUUAAAAGCAAUAUCCGAUUCUUCAUAUGUAAAUAAAGAAAUCGUGGAGCAGUGCUACAAAGUGAUACAAGACAUAGCCAUAGAGGAAGAGUACUCUUCUGCGUUGAAUGGGGUUUCAAGGUCAGACACACCGAUUAAUGUGUUGGACCAUCAUUUUCUGAGUUCAGAAAGUGAAAAAACCAACGGAAUCACCGUUGCUAAUGCUGCUGAUUCUCCUCUUGGGGAUCUCAAAAGAAGGAAAAUCACUGGCUGUGGUGGAAACAAUCCAACAAUCCUCAAUUCUUGGAUUCAACCAUGCGAGAGAGAGAGUGAAAAGUAAAAAAAAAAAAAAAAGAAGAAGAAAAAGACAACAAACAAUUACGAUUUUUACUUUUACCCCCUCUGGUCCAUCAGAAAGCAACUACUACCAAGUCAUUAGUCAUAAUGUCAUAUCAUCAAAAAGAAGAGAAACAAAAUGGGAAAAUUCGAAAAAUUGAAAAUUGAAGUGGAUCAGAAAGUGUAAUAGGACGAGAUUGAGAAGGGUCGAUGAUGAUGAUGUUGGUGGAUUUAAAAUCACUGUAAUAUGAUCUUGGUAGGACUCUCUUUAAAAGGGGCACGCCAAGGAACAUGAUAUUAUAAGUCGCGGGAAUUUUUGUUUUUCUUAAACACUAAACAAAAAGACAAAACAUGGCUUUGAAUUUUAGUGUUGAAUUUUUGCGUGUCUGUUAUAUAUGUUUUGUUUUGUAGUUUAAGUGGGGAUGUGUCGCUUAGCCUCUGGCAAGGAAUUAAUAAUUGUGACACUGUAACAGUGUAGGAACAGCUUUCUUGGAAAAUUAAUACUAAUUUAGUAAGCACAAUACAUUUUAUAUA